AGGCAUUAAACGUCAUUUUUUGUGACUAUUUGGGCACACUCAUAAGAAAGAAGCGGCAAUAUUUGGCAUCAAAAUAAUUAAAAACAGAAGAAAAUUCGACUUGCUUUAAGCCUGACCAUGGAAACCAUAAACUUCAACGACUUUACUCACAUCGAACGCUACGAGAUAAUCAAGGAUUUCCUUGUAAAGAUGAAAAAAGCCGAUUUCACUAAGAACGCGCAAAAGUUUUUCAAGUAUUAUUUGCGGAAAUUCUAUAAAGUUCCCGAAAGCUUGGUAAACGAUAUUGUUUAUUGUCAGCGAGCCAUGAAAUCGUAUUUGUUGAUGCAUCAGACAAUUGUGAGUGUUUUUGCCCAACAGGCGGAUGCAGAUCCUGUUAUCAAGAACAACUAUAUAAAAGAGAUAGAAGACACGCUAGCCGAGCUAAAUGCAGAGUGCCAGUAUUUGGCUCUGAGCCUUCAAGAUGAUAUUGAUCGCUUUUGCUUGGUCUUCACGGAGCAGAAUCUGAGGCCGAAUGAGUUAAUAAUUAAGGACAUUGUGAGCGAGGCCAUUGUGCCGCUGAUCGUUGCCCCUCAGCUAUCUAUUAAACCCCAUUCCAUCGCGAAUCGACUGUCCGAGGGACAGUUGCUUAGCAAGUACUUCAUUGUUGAAGGAAGCAAUCCAGUUAAGGAUGAAUCUCCGCCAAUGAAACUACCUAAACAACCGCCUUCGUCCGAUUUCGCAACUAUAGGUGUGAAAGCCAGUCGCCAAAAUCUGCAGGAAGCCCUUAAACGGGCUCGCUCCCAAUCAAGACAGUCGGAACAGGGUAAGUCCGAUGAAAAGCCGGAAAGCACCAAGCAGAUUUUUAUGCGAUCUUUAGGCCUCUGCACCCAUAUGGAGCACACGAAGAUGGAAACAUCAAAAGUCCGUCCGCAGAAGCGUAAAACCAAACCCACUGAGAAAACCAAAUAAUCGUUGUUAACUUAGUAAUAAAUGGAAACAUCUGUUUUUGUUUCGUUUCCCCAUAA